AUUCAAGGCCCCCAGCAUGAAGAGAGCUGCAUGGAUCGGCCGUUGGUGCUAUGGAGACUGUCCAUACAACCACGGCCUUUGUAAAAGCCAUCAAGGAAUCUGCGAACAUCUUGAAAAAAAAUAUUGCGGUGAUUUAUGUCAAGGACCCAUUCGAUAGCCCGAGUGAACCAGAGGAAGCAGAGGAAGAACCGCAACCAGAGGUUGACGAGCAGAAAUCCAGGAUGGAAGAGUUUAUCCGCCCUAUGAAGGAGGAAACAAUCCAAGAGUCAAGAAAGGUGGCGGUUCAAGAAGAUUCCGAUGAUGAUCGUGACAGUGAGUCCAUGGAACAUAUUGGCAGCAGCGUGGACAAAAAGUUUCUCAACUUCGAACCGCAAGAUUUGCUCCAGGAAAACACGGCGGAAUUCAACCUGGAACUAUGCAAGGCGCAGGUGGGGCGGCUCUUUUCUUCCGUUCGAGUAGAGGAGAGAGUGGAGGCUGCCAAGGACAUGGAGUCACUCAUGGAAUUCUUGGAAUCUCUGCAAGUGGAAUCCGACAAAAUGUUGGAUGACACCGAGGCUACUGCUGAAGCCACCCUCUUUGGAUUGGACGAGAAACGUCAAGAUAUAGCCACCUUGGUGCACGAGAGCCGUUCCAAGAUCUCACCGUUGUUCAAAGGUUUCUUAGAGAAGGUGGCCCAGUACCGCUCCGAGACGAUGGAGUCUCUGCGGGCAAGAUUCACCAGAUCCGCCCAUGAUGACAUUUGGGAUGGCCUGCAAACCACCAUCGACAGGCAAUCCCGGCGUCGCAGGAGCGAUAUCGACGAGGAACAUGCCGCAGAGGUCACGGCGGAACAGCAAAAGCGCCGGAGCGCACAAGUUCAAGCGGUGGAUGCGGCUCCGCCGCCCAUGAAUGCUGGUGCAGUGGCGGCCAAGAUUUUGGAGGCGAUUUCUAUCCAGCAAGAUGAGACAGCAUAUCGGAAAAGCAAGAUGGGCAUGGAGAGUGAAAAAAAACAGCAGUUCAUGAAUCUCCUGAAGCUCGUUGAAACUGGCGCGGAUGACGCAGAGGAAGCUGGAAAACGCGGAGGUUCAGGCCUCUCUGCUGCAGAAGUGGAGCUGCUCGCUCGGGUGCGCACAGAUGCGCGCAAGGUGGCUUGUGAGAAGGUGCUGAACACUGAGGAAGGGAGAAAGUUGGCCGAGAAGGCUGGUGGUAAGGACUUUGAGGACCCGGAACAAGUACAGAUUGACUGCCGGCAGCUUGAACACAAGGCGAGAGAAUUGGAGAAAGAACUGAAGAACUCGUCCACUUCCGAAGAGCGCAUGCGGGACUUGGAGAAGCAAAUUUCUGCCAAGAAGAUCCAGCUGGACCGAAUCACCAAGCGCAACGAGAGAAAAGCCCGGAUGAUGGAGCGCUUGUCCGGAAAUGCUCCUGCCGAAGAGGCCAAUGAGGGUCCAGACCCUGUGCCCUUGAUUCAAGAGUUGGUAAGCAAGGCCCCAGGUAUGGCGGAAACCGUGGAACGACUGCAUGCCUCACUGAAGAGCUUGCAGAGCGAGUUCCUUUUGGCCAAGGAUGAAGUCCUCUUUGAGAAAAUGGAGUCAGCUGGAGUGAAGCCCGACAACCUCGCUGCCUCCAAAGUUGAGGUCUUGCAAGAACGGCUGGAGAAGAUUAAGAGCGAGUUUCAGUUCUUGACCGAAGAGAGGGACAAGUUGGAACUGGAACUGAAGCCAAAAGCUGUUCGGAGCACCAUCAGGCAAACGCUGGUCAGUCAGAAGAGCUUUAAGAAGGUCAAAGCAGCGAAGACCGGUGAAAUCGAAGCCCCGGCGACCGAAGAUCCCAAGGUGGUGCUGCAAUGGUCGUCGACAUGUCCCCAAACAAAGUAUCUCUUUGAUGAGGACGGCAACCCCAUCUUGAGUGAUGAGGUGCCCGAUCCCAUGCAGAUGAAGAGUGUAGCUGAGUCCAAACCGUACUUGGCAGCUUUGACGCAGGCAUGUCGACUCCUUGAAGCCAAACGGGCUUCCCUGUCCAAGCGCCUGCGCGGAAUGAGACCUGAGGCGGACUUCGAGGAGUUAGGUCUUUUCGAUGAGGCGAAAGCGACUGAAGAGGCCCAGCUGGCGGCGGAGAAGGCGGAGAAGGAGGCGGCUGAAGAAGAAGCAGCGCAAAGACGUGGUGGGCCUUCAGAGGACGCGCCGGAGGAAGGCUCUGCUCCGGGCAGUCCUCGCCGCUUCGCUUUCGCGCGGCCGGGCCGCGCUAGCGGUGGUGCCAGCCCUGGGGGUCGACGUGGCUCAGUGCAGGGCCGAGGACGAGAUCCCAACGCGCCACCCAUGAGCAGGCAGGAGAGAGAAAGGAUGAAAAAGGGGAAGCUUCCAGCAAGACCCAAUCGAAAAGGUCGCAUGGCGAUCUUCGGGGCAUUGAGUCCCAUGCAGGCACAGUCUGAAGUGACAGACGAGGCGAAGGCCAGUGUGAUGGGGCUUCUGAAGAUGGCACAGGAAAUUGAAGAGCUGCGUGCACAAAUCCGACAUGUGGAUCACCGGAUCCAACGAGCAAAGAAUACAGAUGGCAAACGGCAACCUACCCGAAAUUUGGAAGACGACGAAGAUGAUGAUGCACCGGAUGAAAAUAAGGAUUUGAGGAAGGAGGUACAACGUCAGCAGAGGGAGUUAAAUGGCUUGAGGAAACGUUGGGCGGAUGACAAAGGAGGACGAGAAAAAAAUGCUCAACGACAGAACGGCUGGGUGGGAGCAGCCGUGAGGCAGCUUCUCGUUGGGAAGGAGGCGCCACCACCAGAGGAAAGCUCUUCAUCCUCGUCGUCGUCCUCGUCAUCUUCCGCGUCGGACGAGUCCCAAUGAAGAUGUCGACCAGAGAUGGGAAGUGGCUUAGAAAAUGCCACGAUGCGGUAUACCCAUAGGAAAAAAGGAAAAAGAAACCAUCCGGAAUAUUACCCUGGGUGCUAGAAACCCUCCACACAUGGUAAGUUUAUUGCAUUGGGUUUAUCACAUAACAAUUGCAGAAUAUACAGUAACAUUUAUUUGCCGUAUACUAAGAGGUUAUAAAGUGACCCGUCCACAAAUAUGGUUUGCUUGAAGGUUUUGUGUCAAGAACCAUGAAAAGUGCUCUCAGCCAUGGAUUCCAGGGAAAAAGAGGUCACCAAGUAGGCCUUGUCAUGGAAGCGUGGUCAUCCCCAGUGUGCCUAGGUUGCCAGCUGAAGCACCCGAGCCUGCUGCGUGCAGAUGGGGUGUCGAUCACUGACGGCCAAAGGCCAGAUGUGAGGCGGAGGUAGCGGCUCUGGCAAAAAAAAA